CAAAUCGAAAAGAACAUUUUGCAUGAGAGAUAAAAAUCGAUCUCCUUUUGCACACAAGCUAUGGUUUUUUUAAAAAAUGCCUAUCUGGAGCGUCGCUGCUGCAGUUUCUGUGAUAGGUUUGUUUAUGUUUACGAUGCAGUGCUGUGUUUUUAAAGUAGGGACCACCAUAAGAACAGUGAACGGACCAUGUGAUUCUGUUGCCAUGGCAUUCGGGUUGCCAUGCAGAUGGUGGUACACCGAUGGCAGACUGAAAACUGUCGUCUGCUUGAUACAGCAAAACAUCACGAUUAUGGACUGAACUAUUUGCACAUCCCCAUUUUCUGUUUUUAAAAUAUGUUUAGUUCUGUGUCUGAGUUUGUGUCUGUGUCCCAUCAUCCAUGCGAUAAACGCUCUGGUGCUUUGAAGUCUCACGUUGCGCAGUAUGCUUUGCAUCUGUUCUGCAUUACUGUGCAGGGGGAGCAUUUUAAGUAGAGAAGGGAGACAGCAGUGGGAGGGGGGUUUCACAGAACACAGGAGUGAGAGAGAAAUAGCUAGAAAUAGGGAGGAAGAUGUGGGGGAUCCUCCAAGCUCUCAUUUUCUGCAGUGCUGUGCAUGAGCAUCAGUUUUUAGCGAGGGUGGGAGGCAAAGAGAGAGACAGAGAGAGUGAGAGAGAGGCUCCAGCAAUUUGUGCCACAGGGAACUCUACAGCUAUAGCGCACCCCCAUCUACUCCUCCUCCUCUCUGCCUUUUUCAGUCCCUCUCUUUCUUUCCUCCUUCUGCCGUGAAGACUGCCUUUUUUUCCUGACUUGCCAAAUCUGGGCUUGGAAAGGCUGGAUUUUCUCCUGUAUGAUUUUUGGAUGGUGGCAGAAGGAGAUGGAGGUUUGAAGAAAGGGACAGAGGCAGCGACAGCCAGAGGAAAGGAAAUAUUGAUCACAUCCAGGGGGAUUCCAUCACUCACGACAGUGGCUCGCGAUCCUUGAUAACAAUGGAGGAAGCUAGGAGGAGGCGCGUUUGGCUGGGAAUGUAGGGCUCCGCCACAGCCCCUCUCCAGAGACUUCGGCUGGGGCGUUUUUACCGUAGUCAGCCGUUGCAAGGCGGUGAUUUGGUGACGCCUUGAGCUUCAGGCUGUAGGGCUGAGCUAAGCCUUGGGGGUCCACUCAGAGAGGAGCACUUACUGCUUCUGCUGGGGGGCUCAGCACUGCUCAGCACCAUGCCUGAGGCCAACUACCUAUUCUCUGUGUCCUGGGGAUACAUUAAGUUCAAGAGGAUGCUGAACCGGGAGCUAAGCCACCUGUCUGAGAUGAGCCGAUCAGGCAACCAAGUGUCAGAGUACAUCUCCAGCACCUUCCUAGACAAGCAGAAUGAGUUGGAGCUUCCGUGUCCAGUUCCAAAGGCGAGGGAAAGGAAGAGGAGGCAGGGCCAGCAGCAGCAGCAACAGCAGCAGCAACACGGUGGGAUGAUGACACAGAUCAGUGGGGUGAGAAAAGUCAGCCAUACAUCAAGUAUCUCGGGAGGUGCUGGAAAUCGCUUUGGGGUCAAGACGGACCAGGAGGAAUUGUUGUCAAAGGACCUGGAACACAUCAACAGAUGGGGCCUGAAUAUUUUCAAAGUGGCUGAGCAUUCUCACAAUCGACCUCUCACAUGCGUCAUGUACACCAUCUUCCAGGAGCGAGACCUGAUGAGGACGUUCAAGAUUCCAACGGACACCUUUGUGACGUUCAUGCUGACCCUAGAGAGCCACUAUCACUCCGACGUGGCGUACCACAACAACCUCCACGCUGCCGACGUAGCCCAGUCCACACACAUCCUCCUGUCCACCCCUGCAUUAGAUGCGGUCUUCACUGACCUGGAGAUCUUGGCAGCCAUUUUUGCAGCAGCCAUUCACGACGUGGACCACCCAGGAGUCUCCAACCAAUUCCUAAUCAAUACAAACUCUGAGCUGGCUCUGAUGUACAACGAUGAGUCAGUGCUGGAAAAUCACCACCUGGCCGUGGGCUUCAAACUGCUGCAGGAAGAAAAUUGCGACAUCUUCCAAAACCUCUCCAAGAAGCAGAGGCAGACGCUCCGGAGGAUGGUCAUAGAAAUGGUUUUGGCAACCGACAUGUCUAAACACAUGAGUCUGCUGGCGGAUUUGAAAACGAUGGUGGAAACCAAGAAGGUCACCAGCUCUGGUGUCCUGAUGCUAGACAACUACACAGACAGGAUGCAGGUUCUCCGUAACAUGGUUCAUUGUGCAGACCUGAGCAACCCCACCAAACCUCUGGAUCUGUACCGGCAGUGGACUGACAGAAUCAUGGAUGAGUUCUUCCACCAGGGAGACAGAGAGAGGGAGAGGGGGAUGGAAAUCAGCCCAAUGUGUGACAAACACACAGCUUCAGUAGAGAGGACUCAGGUUAGCUUCAUUGAUUACAUAGUGCAUCCUCUGUGGGAGACGUGGGCUGACCUGGUCCAUCCCGAUGCCCAAGACAUCCUGGAUACACUAGAGGACAACAGGAACUGGUACCAAAGCAUGAUCCCCCAGAGCCCCUCACCUCCUUUCUACACCAGUGAUGGAGAAGGAGGACCUCACGGGGAGGUGGAAGGGCGGCCUGUAGAGAGUAAAUUCAAGUUCGAUCUAACGCUGGAUGACCAGGAAGGACAAGGUGAAGACAGUGGAAUGAUGGACACGGCUGACAGUUGUGACAAUGUGACAUUACAGCAUCUUCCCUGUGAUCAGGAAGGGGCAGAAAUGACAACACAUGACGGCUCCCCGGAGGAAACAUAGCUUAACCGGUGGUGUUCUUGGAGCGUAGCACGUUUUUGGUGAAUUCAUUUUAUUGCAGUGGAGCAAUCCUGCAAUUUGGCUCUGGCGGGAGCUGCUUGGCAAAGAGGGCCUGACUGAAUGUGGGGCACCCCUGCGAAUGAGGCUUGGAAACCCUGCGGUAGUUUGUCUUUGAGACCCCCUGGAAGGGAGCUGGAAGAGUGUAGGCUCUGUUCUUUACAGAAGGGACUACUGUUGGACUGCAGAGCCUAACCUGGGUUCUUUCAGGCAGAGAAUGUGAAGUGGACGUAUGAAUCCGUGGACUGGGACAAGUCUAAAUUUCAAACUUGCACUUCAGGACAUUUUUUUUAAAUGUUCAUUUAGAUUCUUUGUAUCGUGUCGAGAUUGGAUACGACCCUAUAUUGUCCAACCACAGCUACUGGUCAGCAAGUUAUUUCUAACCCAGUAGUGUUUUUUUAACACUUGUCUAAAAAGAGUAGCGUGCCUUUUUUUACAAGUGUGUGUUUUUGUAAGUUGUUUUUUUUUAAAUAAUUUAUUGAACACAUUCAUGUAGCUGUGUGUCAGAUUUUCUACAAAACGGACAUAGCUGUCUCACACAGUCUUCCUCAUGUUCUGGCAAUAGUAUAAGCUUGUUCUUCACUAAUGGAUGUAUAUUAUAAAAAAAUCAGCUGACUUCCCAGCACACUUUGCACUUUGUGGCACACACAGUUAAACCAAGACAAAGACAGCAUCUGUAACUUAAAGGAGAGACCAUAGCAAGCAUGUCAAACCAAAUAAUUUGAUUUGAUUUAUCCAAAUAAGUAACUGCGUAAGCAAUUAAAUGACUCAUAGGCUAGAUUUCGUAAAAGAGUAAAAAACCUUUCUUUGUUUUUUUGUAGAACAGAAACCAAAACUCCAAAGAUCCUGUAAGGAAAGCACUUUGUUGGAUUCACAGCCACCCCUCAAAAGAAUGAUCGCAUUUCCAAAGAGUAAAUGGUGUGACAAGUCAAACUUCCGAGCGGCGGCAGGAUUGAUUCCCUCUCACUUAAAGCCAGUUACAGACUAAAUUCUCACUACAAUCUUCCAAGAUUAAAGUGGAAAAGAAAAUAUUUCAUAACCCAGUUGCGUUUAAGCCCCAUCCCGUGUGGAAAAACCGUCUCCGCCCUGUAAUUCCCCUUUUCAUUGCCUCACACAACACACCUGUUGUGGUUAGCAGUAUUCUCAUGAAUAGGCUGACUCAUUUUGAACUUUGAAUGACUUCAAGGCUGAACGCGCAGUUUCAGAAACACCUGUCAGUAAUGGAAUAAUUGAAUCUUGUAGUUUUUCAUUGCAGCACUUUGAAUACGUCGACAGUUAUGCAGCUGUUUGCUGAUCUGUCCAAACACUUCCUUAGAGGUACCACGUUGUAUGGUCAUAAUACGGGGAGAUCGGUUUCAUGUUUCACGAUAUGUCAUUCUUCUCCUGUGCGUGUGUGUGUGUGUCUGUGUGUGUGUGUGUGUGUGUGUGUGUGCGUGUGAGGAUGCGAGAGUGUAUUUAAGUGGUCACAGAGUUGCACAGUCGUGUUGCACCCAACUGUGUUGUGCUGACCCUUAAGCUGUUUGUAACAGUGUAUUUAUUACAUUUUCUUGUAUAUGUUAAUACUGAAUUGAUAAUAUUCGCUGUAUAUUUGUUAUUUAUAUGCACUACCACGUGUCAAAUGACAGUUUGACUGAACUGCUUUGUUGGUUCAUCCGUGUAUAGCAAGGUAUUUUGCUAUGAGACCAUAGCAUAAAGUUAUGCAGGUCAAUUUUGACGAUUUGAAAAGUAUGUUUCGUUUGAAAUCCCAGCCAGAAGUGUUUGUGCAGUGGAAGCCAGCAGCGCUUCAUACGAGGCGCAGCAGAAGCUUUUUUAGUCCUUUUGUUCCUGGCGAAGGCUGGAUAUUUACUGCAGCAUAAUGUGUACGGUGACAGGUCAUUGUACAGCUAUAAGAAUAUUUGCUGAAAUUUAUACCAUUGUUUCAAAUGUAUUUUUUCAGUGUUUUCUUCACAGUAUACUGUAAAACGGUGUAUGUUGUGCUCAGCAAAUGUUUUCUAUCAGAUUAUUAAAACGGGCAUGUAUAACAGA